UAUCUGCAUGCCCUCGAACCAAUUUUCGAAUCACUUAUUCCACUCGUUUGCUGGCAGAUCCAAAACGGCAUUUUUGAAUGCGUCAACUGCUUCUUGUGGUGACUGGACCUUUGACCACGCAGUCUGUUUUUAAUUUUCGGGAAAGUAAUGAAAUCAUCGGGACUAUAUGGAGAAUGGUCCAAUAAUUCCACGUUUUCUUCCGUUAAAUACUGCGUUGUUUUUUGGGCUGUGUGCGAGCUUGCAUUGUCUUGGUGGAGGAUGAUUCUUCUUUCGGGGUUGAUUUUUCGAAUUUCGAUGAUGACUUUUGGCAAACAAAUGGUGGUAUUCCAAUCCGCAGUUACAGUUCUUUGGUCAUUAAGAGGAAUUGUUGUAAUAUGA